AGCACAGACAGACACCCUCGGCCCUCACUGAGGCCAGCCUGGCGCCAGUGUCACAGAAGAAAUGUGACUAGAGUUUGGAAACCUCCUGUGAUGUGCAGAGUCCAGCCUCUCCCCUGGGCCAAAGCAGGGGACAGUCAGGGAGGGAGUGGGCCUCCUUCCAGCAGCACCCUGUGAGUCCUCGUCUCUCCAGGCAGGAGCGCUGGUCCCACUCCCACCACCUGCCUCCUUCCCUUGAACCAUCCCACACGCCACAGAUCUGUGCCUCUUGGGAAGAUGUAUGUGCUCCCGAUGCUUCUGGCCGCAAUGGGCACCUGCCUGUGCCUGCUGGUGGCAACUGCCACGAGUGCUCACGUUGCCCAGCUGGACACUCCCAGCAUGCUACCCACCCUCCGGCGCCACAAGAGAGACUGGAUUUGGAACCAGAUGCACAUCGAUGAAGAGAGAAACGCGCCCCUGCCCCAUUACGUGGGCAAGAUCAAAUCGAGUGUAAACAGGAAGAACGCCAAGUACCUGCUCAAAGGAGAGUAUGCCGAAAAGGUCUUCCGGGUCAAAGAAGACACAGGGGACGUGUUUGCCUUAGAGAGGCUGGACAGGGAGAAGAUCUCCGAGUACCACCUUGUUGCCCUCGUGGUGGACAAGAAUACCAACAGGAACCUGGAAUCUCCUUCCAGCUUUACCAUCAAAGUUCACGAUGUGAAUGACAACUGGCCUGUGUUCACACACCGGGUGUUCAACGCAUCUGUGCCUGAGAUGUCGGCUGUGGGGACCUCGGUCACCCAUCUGACAGCCGUGGACGCAGAUGACCCUACAAUAGCAGACCACACCUCUGUCACAUACGAAGUCCUGAAAGGAAACGAGUAUUUUGCCAUCGAUCAGUCUGGACUCAUUUCCACGACAACCAAAGACUUGGACCGAGAGACGAAGGCCAGGUAUGAGGUCGUGGUGGAAGCACGAGAUGCCCAGGGCCUCCGGGGAGACUCCGGCACAGCCACUGUGCUGAUCACUCUGCAGGACAUCAACGACAACUUCCCCAUCUUCACCCAGACCAAGUACACAUUUGCGGUGCCCGAAGACAUCCGUGUGGGCAGCCCCCUGGGCUCUCUGUUUGUUGAGGACCCAGACGAGCCCCAGAACCGGAUGACCAAGUACAGCAUCGUGCAGGGCGAGUACAGGGACACCUUCAGCAUCGAGACAGACUCCACGCACAAUGAGGGCAUCAUCAAGCCCAUGAAGCCCCUAGACUAUGAACGCAUCAAGCAAUAUACCUUCACCAUCGAGGCCAUGGACCCCACCAUCAACCUCCGCUACGCAAGCAGCGCCUCUGCCAAAAACAAGGCCCGGGUCAUCAUCAACGUUACAGACGUGGACGAGCCUCCCAUUUUCCAGCAGCCCUUCUACCACUUCCAGCUGCGGGAGAACCAAAAGAAACCUCUGAUCGGCUCAGUGCGGGCCGUGGACCCCGACGCCGCCCGGCGGAGCAUUGGAUACUUCAUCCGCAGGACCAGUGACAAGGGCCAGUUCUUCCGAGUAACCAAGAAUGGGGAUAUUUCCAAUGAGAAAGAACUUGACAGAGAAAUCUACCCCUGGUAUAACCUGACUGUGGAGGCCAAAGAACUGGAUUCUAGCGGGAUCCCCACAGGCAAAGAAUCCAUUGUGCAGGUGCACAUCGAAGUUCUGGAUGAGAACGACAAUGCCCCCGAGUUCGCCCAGCCCUACAGUCCCAAAGUGUGUGAGAAUGCUGCCCAGGGCAAGCUGGUUGUACAAAUCUCGGCAACAGACAAGGAUAUAACGCCAAGAAACAUGAGGUUCAAAUUCUCCCUGGGCACCGAGCACAGCAACUUCACCCUCACAGAUAAUCACGAUAACACAGCCAACAUCACAGUCAAGUAUGGCCAGUUUGACCGGGAACGAACCAAGGUCCACCACCUGCCUGUGCUCAUCUCGGACAAUGGGAGGCCGAGCCUCACGGGCACCAGCACGCUGGCUGUGACAGUAUGCAAGUGCAAUGAGUAUGGCGAGUUCACCUUCUGUGAGGAGGUGGCCUACCAGGUGGGCGUCAGCAUCCAGGCGCUGGUAGCCAUCUUCCUCUGCAUCCUCACCAUCACAGUGAUCGCCCUCCUCAUCUUCCUGAGACGGCGGCUCCGGAAGCAGGCCCGGGCCCACGGCAAGAGUGUGCCGGAAAUCCACGAGCAGCUGGUCACCUACAACGAAGAGGGCGGCGGCGAGAUGGACACCAACAGCUACGACGUGUCGGUGCUCAACUCGAUGCGCCGCGGCGGGGCCAAGCCUCCAGGGCCCGGGCUGGACGCAAGGCCACUGGUAUACGCGCAGGUGCAGAAGCCGCCGCGGCGCACGCCCCCCACCGUGCAUGGGGGACCUGGGGACAUGGCCGCUGUGAUCGAGGUGAAGAAAGACGAGGCUGACCACGACGGCGGCGGCCCGCCCUACGACACGCUGCACAUCUACGGCUACGAGGGCUCCGAGUCCAUCGCUGAGUCCCUCAGCUCCCUGGGCACCGACUCCUCUGACUCAGACGUCGAUUACGACUUCCUCAACGACUGGGGGCCCAGGUUCAAGAUGCUGGCCGAGCUGUAUGGCUCCGACCCCCAGGAGGACCUAGUGUAUUAGGGAGCUGCGAGCCUCUGGGUGGGGGGACCCAAACCACUGCAGCUUCCGCCAGUUGGACACCAGGAUCUGAGCCCUCAACUUGUAGCACUGACACCCCAGCCCAGCAGCCCUUCCUCGUGAGUCCCAGAGACCUGACCACCUUGGGUAGCAAACUCCAGGUCCCUGAAAUGUCCGGGAACAUAUGUCGGUGAUGGCUACCUCCCAAAUGCUGGAAAAUCCCAGCUAGCAUUGUGUCUGGGCUUGGACAUCCACAUAACCCCGUCACCAGGGACCACAGGUCCAACACAAAGACUUUCUUGGCUCCUCAAAGCAGCUUAUGGUCACCUGUCAAGGAGAGGUCUUCCCCUGAGGUCCCUGAAACCCCUGGUGAGGCUGGUGAGGCCCUGGUGUCUGUCUGCCUGGAGGCAAAGUGCAGGACAGCAUGACCUGUGGCUGACACUCCCUGCAGCCCAGUCCAGAGGAAGAUUGGGACUGUCCAUCAUGCCUGCCCUGCUUUAACUUCCUCAGCGCCCCCUCCCAAGUCCUGCACCACGCCUGGGCCCUCCCCAGGUCUGUCAAGAGGGAGAAAGUGGCCCUUGGCAGCUCCCAACUUCAGGUCCGGAGGUGACCUCACUUGUCUGCCAUGCGGAUAACUGUGCUGUACUGAACAUUGAAAAUUCAACCAAAGUCAGGGAAAUGGCUCGCCAAACUUUGAAGCAACUAUGAAUUCAUCCUGAAGGGACAGUGGGGACCAAGCGUGACAAAUCCUAGAGUGAGGAAUACCUCCACACCCAUACCCUCCGUAGAGGGCCUGGAGUAGCUGUGACCCCAAUCUGAGCCUCAUCAACACCCCUCUAGUUUUGCCUGGGAAGUGGGAACCGAUGUUCCCAGAGCAGAACACCUCUCCCCAUCUCUGUCUUGCCUGGUCAUUCAUUCAUGCUCUCACUUUCCUUUCUUUCUUUCUCUCCUCAUCUCUUGACUUAGAGGCACCCACAGCAACUAGCAACUCUGGCCAAUGUCCAAACCCAAACAUGACGGCAGUGGAGCCACACUGUCCGCCCUUGCACCUCGGUAUUGCCACAUCUCAGGGAACCCCAGCAGGACCCCAUCCCCCGGGCACACCCUGCAGAGGACAAGGCCCCUGCCCUGCCCGAGCCCUCGUCCUCUCUUCAUCUCCCACUUUCAGCCACACACGGAACAUUCCACUGUAAACACGCCUUGGAGAAGUGGCAUCACUCAACGGGAAGGGGCAGGGAAGGAGGCAAACCCUCCAACUCAUUCUUGGUCAUGACUGAGAUUCCCACUCUGGGCAAGGCCCCUCACACUUCAGGGGACUGUAGAUAACACUGACUUAUUUUUAACCAGUAACUAGUUCUUCAUAUACUUUUUUUUUUUACUAAUAAUACUUACAUGUUUCUAGCUCUCACAAAAAUAUAAGAGUUUUGCAUAGUAAGCAAGUAGCUUUUUAGGUUAACAAUUGAACAGGCUUUUUUUUUUUUUUUUUAGUUUCAUAAUCAGAUUCCUGUAACCUUCUAUUUCCUAUCAUUGUAGUAACUGCUCUAGAGAUAAUGACUAUAUAUUGACCACACUGGUGCAUGAGACGUACUGUAUUUUUUUAUAUCUAAAUAAAGAAAAAUCUUGAAAUUCUUCCAUUUCUAGAGCUGAGAGAGCACAUGUGAAAUACACACACACACACACACACACACACACACACCCAUGAUCAUCAAAGGAGCCAGGGGACAUUGGCCAUCAGAAUUUCAGAGACACCACAGAAAAGGGAUUGUAGCAGAGAAUAACAAGGAAUGCCUAGUGCAGCCUCCUCUCCUCCCAGUACCCCAUACCUCACCCAGUCUCUGUACAUGCCCCCCAAUUCCACCCUAUACACUAGGCAAGAACCUCUGGGAGCUGAAGCCACAAUACCAUUUCCAUCUUCAAAUGAAGCAUCAGGGAGGUGAGAUACAUCAGCAGUGAGGGACAAAAUCAAUCUCCAAUUAGCUGGCUGACAACAGUGAUUGAGCAGCUAGCACUUUAUUGGGAUGUAUGUACCCCAACAUUGGGAUCCUGGCUGGAAAAUGUCAAAAUGAAAAUGAGAAGCAGACGCCUCCAUGUCAGACUCAGGUCUGAAUUGGGGACGUGGGGGAUAAAGCCCAGCUUGGCAUGACUCCUGCCAGCAGGGUUUCCUGGGCAGUGUGUCCCCCCAGAAAUGAUAUUUUGCAAACUGUGUUCUGAACAAACACUACUUU